AUGCUUGAGCUGACUGAUAUUACCGCUCGACAAUUUCGUAUACUGCUCGGUGCUGAAACAUUGGCAACUAUUUUACUACGCUCGACAAAUCGUCAAUAUCGCAACAAUGAAGAUCAACAAUCUCAAGAACGUUUUCAUGAUUUAGCAAGUCAAAGAGAUUCGAUAUUUACAGGCAAAAUUCUUAUUGAUAUGGACGCGCGUCAUAUCACUAUUGAAGCUAUACAUACACAUCCAACAACUCAUGAACAAAAGAAAAUUGUCUAUCAACAUGCCUUACUCGAUACGGAAACAAGUAUACAAGGUUUACUUGAACGUUUAACUGUCUAUGGUAAAUCACGCAAUGUUCAACUUCUGCAGUUGAUCGAUCUUAAUCUUCUAUCCGCUGAAAGUGCCUAUGAUGAAAAACAAAAAUUUGAAACGUUAAAAGAACGACUUGAUGAGUGUGCCGCAUAUCGUCGUUCAAUGAUUAUUUAUGAUUUAGAUUCAUUAAUUGGUAUUAACCGAAGUGAAGGCAAUGCUUCAACAGGUCGAACAACGAAUCUAUCAUUGAUCAACCAUAAUAUAUACACUCAUAUUAAAGAUAAAUUUCAAAAUACUUAUAUUCAAGCAGUAUCGAAUUCUGACAACGACAAUACUAUUGUUAGUGAUGAGAAAUGGUCUGUUGUAGUCAUACGCGAACCAUUCUUGUUGCAUCAGUUUCGCGAUGAUGUUAAAUUCACACUUUCAAACGAUGAAAUCGAAGAAGAAGAAGAAGAAAAUCGACGAGCUACUGAACGAAUUAAAUGCGUUCAAUGUAAUGAUUUCUAUAUUGAACAAGACAAUCGCAUGGGUGCUUGUGUACAUCAUGAUGGAUUUAUCUAUGAUAAUUAUUCUUCGAGAUUGGAAGUAUGGACUCAACGAGGGGCCAUUGAACAAUUAUUGAAAGAAGAAGCUCGAUCAAUUCAACCAUCCGCUUAUGGUAUGCAAGCAUCAGAACAAAAGGAACAUCUUGAACGUAUGAAACAACGUUUCAAAUUUAUUUGUUGUCAUCAAACAUUAUUUAUCGGAGGCAUGAUGGGGGGUUGCAAAAAGGGUAAACAUAGUUCACCAAAUGUUACAGUAGAAAAAUGGGAAGAGACUUGUCAUGAAAACGAAGACUAUCGAAAUAAACGAUUGAGUCUACUCCGAAGCCGAAUACAGUAAAUCUCUGAACACAUUAGAAGACCCGGAGUCUUCUAAUCUGUCCGAUCGUUCACGAAUUUUUAGGAGAAGUCUUCUAUUAUGUCCUUGUAAGAUCCUUGUAAUUCAGUAUUCUCAGUGUUCGUUUACGUUUCUAACCUUUUUCUAGUUAAGAUUUCGUUUCUAAUUUUAUUAAUUUAGUCUUUUAUGUUAAUGCAGCCAAAAGCACACUAUACACAUAAAAUAAAAAACACCAGUUCAUAGCACAAUUAUUCUCUAUACAUAGUACAAUAAAUCGCAUAAGAAGCGUUGUAUAUAGAACAUAAAAUGGCUAUUCUUUUUAUACGAAAUAAAUCAGUUACCAAAAAUCUUUCUGUUUCAUACAAUUAAAUAAAAAAAGUAAAUAAACUCUUUAAUUCUUUCAAAUGUCUUCUAAACUCAUUUGUUCGUGUCGAUUUUUUUGUUGAAAUAGAGGCAAUAAAUUCAGAUGGAAUUAAAUCAUGACUCUAUUCAUUUAUUUCUUUUUCAUUUAACUCGAUACAACUUGGAUGAAAAUGUGUACGGUGGUAUAUGAUUUGGUUGAAGCACAUAAUUAUCUAUUCAACUAUAACCAAGAGAUUGAAAAGCUUCUAAAAAGUUGACAGAUUUCAAUGUAUGAAUAGAAACAUUUUCGGAAAAAAAACAGUCGUCGUAGGAGGUCUUAUAUUAUAGGGGGGUCUUCUAAUGUGUUAGGAGGUUUGAUUAAUGAUGGAUCGGCAUACCGUAAAACAUGAUAUUUUAUGAAUGUUAAAGUAAAAGUGAAGAAAAGUGAACUACCUUUACCAGAAACGAUGAUAGACAUGUCACGAAUUUCCACGGAAGAGUGUAGAAGGUACAGCGUGCUUCAUAUUUUUAUCACAUACAGUGAAUGUCUAAAAUAGCAUGUACAUUUUUAUUUUAUUUAAUAUUUUUCAAGUUUUUUUUUAAUUUUAAUUUUGAACUCAAAAGCCAUAAUUAAUUGCUAUAUUAUUUUAACUCAUCAAAAUGUCGAAAUCUGCAAAGUUAAACCUUGGUCAACGAAUGAAAAUAAUUACAACAGAUAUACAAAUUGAAAACUCAGGACAAAAAGUUACAUAUGCAG